GAGGCGCCGGCCUGGCCUGAGUCGCGGUCGCUGCCGCAUGGCCCUGGCCUCCCUCGCGGCCUCGCUCCCAAUCGCCGCCACCGCCUCCGCCGCCUCCGCCGCGGUGAGACUCCGAUUCCGCGUCCGCAUCGGCCGCGCCAUGGCCUCCUCCGCCGCCGCAGGCGCGAGCGCGGCCACAGGGGCCUCGCCGGCGAGGGUGGGCGUGGUACAAAUGACCUCCGUCGGGGACGUCGACGCCAACUACGCCACCUGCUCCCGCCUCACCAAGGAAGCAGCUGCCUCUGGAGUGAAAUUUCUUUGCUUCCCUGAGGUCUUCUCAUUCAUUGGAUCCAAGGAUGGCGAGUCUGUUAAGCUAGCUGAACCAUUAGAUGGACCAAUAAUGCAAAGAUAUUGCUCACUUGCAAAAGAAUCAAGCAUGUGGUUAUCUCUUGGGGGAUUUCAAGAAAAGGGACCUGAUGAUUCUCACCAGUACAAUACUCAUGUAUUAAUUGAUGAUACUGGAAAAGUUAGGAGCUCAUAUCGAAAAAUACAUUUGUUUGAUGUUGAUGUACCUGGCAAUAUGGUGUACAAGGAAAGUCGUUUCACAAGUGCAGGCGAUACACUUGUUUCUGUGGAUAGCCCUUUUGGACGGUUGGGGCUUACUGUUUGCUAUGAUUUGAGAUUCCCAGAGCUUUAUCAAAUUUUGCGAUUUAAGCAUCAAGCACAGGUACUACUAGUACCAUCUGCAUUCACAAAGAUAACCGGGGAGGCACACUGGGAAAUUCUCCUCCGCGCUCGUGCAAUUGAGACACAAUGUUAUGUUAUUGCUGCUGCCCAAGCUGGAAAGCACAAUGAAAAAAGAGAAAGCUAUGGUGAUUCUAUAAUUAUUGAUCCAUGGGGAACAGUGAUAGCUCGACUUCCAGAUCGGCUCUCGACUGGAUUUGCAGUUGUAGAUCUUGAUUUAUCAAAAGUUGAGGCUGUGAGAACUCGAAUGCCAAUCUCAGAGCACCGGAAGUUCGACAGCGAUUGGAAACCCACGACUAUUUAAUAGCUGAGGGCUGUUUUGUGUUUCCUAUGUUUGUGCACACAUAUAGUUGAUAUAUUCAUCUAUGCAUAAUUACCAUAGGUUUGGUCAGUUUGACUGGGAACUCCAGCAAGAGAGAGGUUGUUGAACAAAAUAAUUUGCAAAGGCAUAGCACUGUGUAGAAAAUGGAAGACAUCGGUGCUUGUUGAAAUUUGUCUUUUACCUGCCAACGACAAGUUGUAGCGAGAAUGUUGUGGUAAUUGUCAGCUUCAUAAUACUCGGAUGUAAUAGGGCUGAGAUAUUGUUAUUUCAACGUCACAUCGAAUCUUUAGACAUAAUUAUAAAUAAUUAAAUAUAGAUAAAAAA